CCUAAACCCAUCUCUCUCCUCUCUCUCUUCUCCUUACAAGAUUCAUCUUCAUGUAUUACUAACUAGUGCAGCUCCAGUUUCAUUUUACAUGUAUAUGACUUUGUAUCCUCUUUCUCUUUUAUCCUCUUCAAAAACAUUAGCCUUUUUCUUUUCCCCUUGAAAAAUUGAAUUGAGCUAUUGUGUAUCCAUCCUCAUCCUCAACCUAAGCUACUGGUUUUCUUGAUUCGAACGGAUGAUAAGACGAUCAGAAGUCAAUUAAUUAGGGUUUUCAAUUGUUGGCUUUCUGUUUUUACUUUUUUUUUUUCAAUCAAGAGAAUAUGGAUCAAGUCUCUCGCACUCUUCCUCCACCUUUUCUCUCAAGAGAUCUCCAUCUUCACCCACAUCAUCAAUUUCAGCAUCAUCAGCAGCAACAGCAACAGAAUCAUGGCCAUGAAAUCGACCAGCACCGAAUUGGCGGGCUAAAACGCGACCGAGACGCUGAGGUCGAUCCCAACGAGCACUCUUCGGCCGGAAAAGAUCAAAACACUCCCGGCUCCGGCGGAGAAAGCGGCGGCGGAGGAGGAGAUAAUCAUAUCACGAGAAGGCCACGUGGCAGACCAGCAGGAUCCAAAAACAAACCAAAACCACCAAUCAUCAUCACUCGAGACAGCGCAAACGCCCUCAAAUCUCAUGUAAUGGAGGUGGCUAACGGGUGUGACGUCAUGGAAAGCGUCACCGUCUUCGCUCGCCGUCGCCAACGUGGCAUCUGCGUUUUGAGCGGAAACGGCGCCGUCACGAACGUUACCAUAAGACAACCAGCUUCGGUUCCUGGUGGUGGCUCAUCGGUCGUUAACUUACACGGACGUUUCGAGAUUCUCUCUCUCUCAGGAUCUUUUCUCCCUCCUCCGGCUCCACCGGCUGCGUCCGGUCUAACGAUUUACUUAGCCGGUGGUCAAGGACAGGUCGUUGGAGGGAGCGUGGUGGGCCCACUCAUGGCUUCGGGACCCGUGGUGAUUAUGGCUGCUUCGUUUGGGAACGCUGCGUAUGAGAGGUUGCCGUUAGAGGAAGAUGAUCAGGAAGAGCAGCAAACGGCUGGAGCGGUUGCUAAUAAUAUCGAUGGAAACGCAUCUAUGGGCGGUGGGACGCAAACGCAGACUCAGUCGCAGACGCAGACGCAGCAGCAGCAACAGUUGAUGCAAGAUCCUACGUCGUUUAUACAAGGACUGCCUCCGAAUCUUAUGAAUUCUGUUCAAUUGCCAGCUGAAGCUUAUUGGGGAACUCCGAGACCAUCUUUCUAAAUCUCGGAAAAAAAAAAGUUAGUCGUUUUUAAUUUAUAUUCUCUCUUCUGUCAAGUUUUAAAUUUCUCUUUUUCUUUGUUUUUCUAAAGAUAAUUGUAGCCUUUAACGAAGAUUCGUGGUACGCAAGAGAACCGUUUUGGUCGUGGGAUUUAGUU